AUGUCUUUUACUUCACCCCUUGACGAUUCAUUGCAAUCUCUUCUGAACCAGUUAAACACUGAGUUUGACGAAUGUCUAAAACAAAUCGUGCCAAAUGGCUUAGAUAAUACCGUGAAAUCUAGUUCUUCUCAAGAUGAAUCACAGGGUAAUUUUCAACUAAAUAUCAUUCGUCUCCUCAGAUUUUUACAAAUAGCUAAAAAAUUGGAAACAGCUUUAUCAAAGAUCAUUCAGUCAGAAAAACAACAGGAAAAAAUUGCUUUACAAGAUGAAAUCAUUGGAUUACAUCAAAAUAUAGCACAACAAAGAGAAGUUAUUGAGAAAUAUACUGCCUUGGUUAGAGAGUGGUCAAAAGAAUUUAGUGAAUUAGAAGAAGAAAAUAAAUUACCUUUAUAG